GAGACGCUGCGGAGUUCAGUCAGGGGCAGGACAGGGCGAGGGAGGGCAGGUCCUUCCCUCGGGGACAGAGAGGCCUGCAGCAGCAUGAAAAAGAACCAGACGAUGCAGGGGACCUUCAGCAAACUCUUUGGGAAGAAGCACGCCAACCCCGCCACCACGUCCCUCUACGCCACCAACCCACCCUGGAUUUUCACCCAAGAGGCCCAGGAGGAGGGGACCAGGGACUUUGAUGGCAUCUAUUAUGGAGACAGUAGAUUCGACACUGUGAGCGAAUCCGGAACAGCCACGCUGAAAGCCCGGCCCCGAGUCCGGCCCCUGCUGACCUUUCUUCCCCUGAAUGCCCAGGAGAACCACGGGCUGGCUGUGCCCACUCCCUCAGUCCCAGAGGGCUUUGCAGACAAAGAAGUGGGAGGUACCAGCUCACUGGUGAACGGCCACCUCCGACUGUACAGCUCUGUGGGCGACCUGAGGCCUGCACACUAUGACCUCGACUCAUCCAUCCCCCCACCUCCCCCAGGCCCAGCCCCAGGGCCACCCCAGGACACUUCGCAGCCUCCAGGGGAGUCCCCUCCACCACCCCCUCCUUCGGUCCCUCCUCCCCCCCCUCCCCUACUGGUGGAACCCCCACCCCCACCCAGCACGGCCCCACCUCCACCCCCAGUACUGGACACUUUAUCUCCCUCGGCUACCCUCUCCCCACCAUCGACACCUACCCCUCCAGACUUCAUCCCCCCCGCCCCACCCUCAGCUUUCCUAACCCCCCCUCCGCCUUCUUUGCCAGCCCCAGGACCCCCAACCCCAGUCUCUCCUCAUGCAACUGGAACACGUAUUAUCAAGUGGAAAUCAGAAGUAGCACUCAAUGGCAGGCGGCCAGAAGACCCCAGAACCAGCCCCCCCAAAAGCCCUGCUGAACUGAAGGGGAGCCACUUAGGGCCUAGCCCCGAAUCCCACCUCACCUUCCCCAGGUCAUUCAAGGUGCCUCCCCCAACUCCAGUCAGGACCUCAUCUAUCCCGGUUCAGGAAGCACCAGGGGCUUCCCCAGAAGAGGAGGAAGCCAGCCAGAAGGCCUGGACACACCUCCCCCUGCCUCCCAGCUUCAACAUCCGCCCUGCAUCUCAAGUUUAUCCAGACAGGGCCCCAGAGCCAGAGCACCCCAGGGAGCCCAGGCUUGAGACAUCAGGCAGCCCAAGGCUCAGGCAGUCUGAACCCCAGACCAAUGGACAAGCUGGAGUUCCACCUCCAGCCCCUCCCCUGCCCCCAGCUGCUCCCCCACUCCCUCCACCAGCCCCUCCCCUGCCCCCAGCUGCUCCCCCACUCCCUCCACCAGCACCCUCUCUGCCCCCAGCUGCUCCUCCUUUGCCUUCUACUGAGCAGGCAGCCCCUCCAUCUUCUGGACUUAUGAAGACCCCCAAGUCCGGCUCACCUACUCUCCACGCCAAACCCACCCCCCCCACUCUGGAGGACACAGACUCGUCAGAACCAGUUGACUGGAGAGACCCCAGGCAGAUGGAAAAACUUCGAAGCGAGUUGGCAGCCUAUCUCUGUGGGUCCAGGAAAGAGGAUCGGUCACUCAGCCACAGGCCAGUCCCUCCAGUGGCCUGGAAGGACAAGGAGAGCAAGAAGGGGCCCAGCCUAUCGGAGGAGACAGCUCCUCCAAGCCUGCCCGAGAAGACACACCCAUGUGGUCCUGUGAAGAGUCCCUCCAGCAGCAGCCUACCAGAGAGAGAAGCCACCAGCAGCCUGACGCUACCCCCUGUGGACUACAUCCCCCAGGGUACUCCAGCCCCCAGUGUCAGGCAGAUCCGGAAUGAGCUAGAGGCUCGGUUUGCCUCCUCAGCGGAGAAAGAGGCCAAGCCCAGCAUAGCAUCUCUGCCACCCAAACCCCGGCUGGAAGCGGGGAGAAUCUUUGAAAACGGCACGGACAGUGGCAGAUUCCAUAAGCCUGUCACCAAGAAUCCACCCCAGCUGUCGGCCACCCCUCUACCUGCCACGCCACUCCAGUCCAAGAUUACACCUGGUCCAGCAGCCCCACCCAAGGCCACACCUGGGCCAGCCACACCAUUCAAGCUUGUACCCGGGCAGGCCAUACUGCCUAAGACCACACCUGGGCCGGCCUUGCCACUCAAGCCUACACCUGAGCAGACCACAGCAUCCAAGGACACAGUUGGGCAGGCCACAGCACCCAAGGACCCACCAGGGCAGGCCACAGCACCCAAGGACCCACCAGGGCAGGCCACAGCACCCAAGGACACACCUGGGCAGGCCACACCACCCAAGGACACACCUGAGCUGUCCAUCCCAUCAUCUCAGCUGAUUGCCAAGAAGGACCCUGUCCCAGUGAGGCAGAGAGGAAAGCCAGAAUCUCAAGAAAACGGAGUGGCCACCCAACUGUCCACAGAUGGAGCGCUCUCACCUCCAGCCCUCCCGCCGAAGAAGUCCACUGGUGGGGAGGAGGUACCAUUUCUCUACAGACCCCAUCGCAGCCAGAACAGCCACAGCCGAGGGGUUGCCGUGGUGAUUCCCACUCGGGCCAGAGGAGAGACCACAGGCUCCGGGGGACAAGCGGACGAAAAGGAGCCGGAAAGCCAUCCAGCCAAACCUCUCACCCCAGUCCAGCCUGCCGACCAGCUCCUCAGACACCCGGUGACUGGGGAGGUGGUGGAGCGCGGCUCCCCAAUGGCCCUGCUCCUGGCAGCCAGACAGAGGGCACAGAAGACCAGGCCUGGAGGGCCUGCGAUGGGCCCGGGCCGGUCCUCUCUGCCGGGGAGUCUCCGUGACCGUAGCAACCAAACAGAGGCCAGCUCUGACGGCGUCUUUUACAGAGGUAGCCGGCCCAACUCCUUCCUCGUGGUCCCUAAGGUACCCAGCGAGACAGAGGGCUCCCACCUGACCUCAGCACGGCCCACUGGACCCAGUCAGUGGAAGCCCCAGCAGGGGCGAGACACACAGGGCCCAGAGCCAACCCAUAGGCAUGCGUGGACCAAGGCCGAGUCCCCGACCGCCGUGGCCCGGGAAAGACCCGCUCCCCCAGGCUUGCCCCCGAGCCGCGCCCUCCCCAAAUCCUUCUCUUCUCCGCCCUCUCCUUCCUACAAGAGGGAAGAGGAAGAAGAGGAGUUCAGCUUUGAUAUCAUUCCGCCGCCGCCAGAGUUCAGCAAUGACCCUGAGCCCCCCGCCCCCGGGCUGCAGCGUCAGGGCCGUCGCGGGUCCCCACCCAGGAACCUCUUCUCGGACCUGGGGCAGCCCCUGGACGCGGGCCCCGGGGCCAAUGCGGCUCGCGGCUUCUCGCGCUUUCCCGGCGGCGGCGGCGGCGCCCAAUACCCCGGGCUCGGGGGCCUGGAUCGCUUCUCCGGCAGCGGACGCUCGCUCAUCAAGAAACGCCUGUACGUCGGGGAGCCCCACCGCAACCCCGGGACGCCCCGCGGCGCCACUGGCCGCAGCCUGAGCUCCCCUAACUGCUUCGGGCCGCAGCCGGGAGGCCCCGAGAUGCGACGGGUCAACUCGGCGGGCCGCGGGGCCCCCGGAGGCCUGCACGCGCGGAGGCUGUCGCUGGAGGGCGCCCGAGGCGCAGCCGAGGUCAAGUACAAGGCGCCGGGCGGCGGAGCCGGUGGUGGUGGCGGCAAAGCCGGGGACUAUGGCUUCGUCCCAGCCAAAGGCAGCAGGUCUCCCCACGGCACCACCCACUACGGGAGUCCCAUCAAUACGUUCACCGUGAGGCCAGGGACGCGCCAUCCCAUCUCCUACGCCUACCCUGGAACCCAUCGGAAAGCCACCUCCUGAGCAGUGAAGACUGACUGGAUUCCUGGGACCAGGUCAAGGCAGAAGAGAAAGGAAGAGCAGAGGAGUGGCCCGUCUCAUAUGAACAGCGGGCAGACAUGAGGAAGCUCCCCGAGGGAGCGGGAUGUUGGGCCUCUGUGAUCUGUGGUACUAACUGAAGUACUAGGUGGUUGGGACAGUAAGUGAACCACCCAGGUGGCUCAGACAGGGUGACAGAUCCACUGUGUUCAUGAAGCCACACCCAUCAACAGCACUGGCCUAUAACUGUUCCCCUAAGCCGAGUUUUAGGAAAGAGUUUGCUAAUUCAAGGGCAGCAUCGAGGCUUGAGGAGUGGGGUGUGGCCUUCCAGUUAUGGAGUGCUCAGGGUGGGUGGAGAGGGGUUUGGUCUCACUUGGCAUGGGAAAUAAACAUCCAGUUUGGACUGGCCCCUGCUCUGCAGCUGUUCGGUGACUUGGAUCUUCCCUAGGCAUCAUGGGACUCUGGGAGUGCUCAGCUGGACAGUACCAAGCACAGGGUGCCGAGCCCAGAGGUGAAGCCAGAUGAUAAACUGUCCUUAAGCAAG